CAAUGGUUCGAGUACUGCUCGAAAGGAAAGAAACGCAUUUUCUCGAUUUGCAAGCAGAGUUGCAGGGCAAGCGACGCGUGCAGGCUUUACUUUCAAGCAGUGGGGGACGCCAACAAUGGUGGGAAGCUUCAGAAGCGCUUUGAAAGUUUCGGGACUUAAUUCUGAGCUAGAACUACAAACAAAGGAAUUGGAAGGAGUUAAGGAGGAGAUUAAGAAGGGGAUUGGCGGAUAUUUUGGUGAAUAA